UUUUGAACUUCUGGAAGGGUGGUUUCGGAGUUUUCCAUCUUUAGGAAACUGCGUGGUAAUUUGUUUGGACGGUUUCUUGUUCACAUAGGCCUAUUAACGUUAGUGAAAAAUAUGGCAGACUGGAAGGUACCAGUGAGCUUCAACCCAUCCUACCACGCUUUUGCCUAUGGUCUCGUGUACCAACCAGGGGCUGAGCAAAACCAUCCUAACUUCUCCAGCUGGACAGAGGCCACAUACAACUCUGGGGUCAGCGCCAGCUACUACUCGCAAGCGCAGCCACAGCAUCAAUCACCAUCCUGGAGUCCCGAACUAAACAAUGCUGGCACAAGCAAUGGCCAAUACCCGGGUUCUGUGGUAUGUCUUGGUGACCCUCACAGCCAUACCCAGAGUGGCCGCCUCUUCAUUUCCAACAACCGGGCUCCGCAUGAUUCGCAAACGGAGACCGAGCGGCCAAGUAGCGACACCCAGAGCGACUCAGAGACUCACACCUCACCAGAGUCUUUGAGUUCAGUGAACGACCGAGAGGAGUACAAUCCGCAAGCCAACCAUACCACCUGGGUGAGAAAUGAGUUGGCGACAGCCAGUGGAAGCCCAAAUAGCAGUGAGCAUGUCUCGAGUUCACAUCCAGAGGAGUUUCGAAGUCCACACGUUAUGGGGAGUGAGAACUGCACCCUGCAGUCAUUGCCCCCUUCCCCAGAGAAAGUGGACAAGAAUAUCCCCCCCAAAAAAGCUCGAACUGCUUUCUCAACAGGCCAAAUGGAUGCCCUUACUCAUAGGUUUAACAUGCAGAAGUACCUCACCCCUGCUGAGAUGAAGACCCUGGCUAGACUGACUGGGCUUACUUACAAACAGGUAAAAACAUGGUUCCAGAAUCGCAGGAUGAAACUGAAGAGGCACCAGAAAGAUGACAGCUGGGCAUCACCUGGCUACCCCAACCCUGGCUACCCCAACAUGCCACAGCGCCCCCAGUUUCAGGGCAAACCCCAAGCACAGAUCCAGGACCACACCAUUGCUCAACAGUUUCGAGAGACCAUGUUAAGGAGGAGUCCUCAACAGAACCUGCCUUACUAUGCUGUUGGGUAUCCUCGGCCAUCCUCUCCCCCCCAGCCCCCUGCAAGGCCCCCGGGCAUCUGGCCCCUGCCCCCAGCUGUGACCCACCAUGAGUACCCCAAUGGCUACAGCACAAACCACCAUACUAGCAUCAACAGUGAUGACUGGAAAGUCAUGAGCCCCAUGCACAAGUCUAGCCAAUAACCAACAAGAGGUAAAAUGUUAGUGGUCAUGGUGGUAAAUUUACUGGAUUGUCAACAGUGUUUUUGUUUUGAAUGAUUAUUACAAUUAAGCUUCAGACAGGCAAUUCUCCAUUUGGUGACGAGGUGUUGGCUUAUCUUAUCAAUCUGUUUGAACCAUUCGCCGGCCCCAUGUGAAUUGUAUCCCUUCGUAUUCAUUAAGAAAAAUCUGAAGUUUGAUGUUUUAUACCUUCCAAAGUUCUUAUCUGUGUAUUUAAUAUCGUUGCUGUUUUGGCAUUCUGCUUUUUGAUACUACUCUGACGAAGCUUUGCUGUGUCUGCUGGAAGUGGCAUGCUUUUAUUCCCUCACUAGCCUAUUUGUUGAUGUGAUCUGUGCAAGGCACUACUGAAUGUUUGUUGGUCCAUGCUGCACCAGAUUUGUAUCCUAUUGGAUGCUUUUAACAUUACUGCCAUGUUUUAUGACCUUGUUGUACAGUGUGAUGCCCCCCAUGUCAGGGUUGUUUAGUAGGCCCAAAAUGGGGGGGGGGAAUGCAUUGACAUGUACAAUAAGUGGUUUUCUUGGCUGAUUUCAAAAUACUACCUCCCAGUUUCAAUUUGUUUACACUUUGUGCCUACAGAACAAUGCCAAUGUCUUCAGGUGUUUUUUUAUUUUUAAUAAAUACUAGUUGUAUAGUCAACCUAUUAAAUUGUGGGAUUUACUUAUCUUGGGUGAUGUACUACUGACAUUUUGGGCAAAUGGUUUACUGAUAGUUUAACUUGAUUAGUCUUUUCUUUGAAGGCAUAGUAAGCUGA